AUGUAUUGUUCGAAAAUUCCAAAUCCAACUAGUGGUUGGCAGAAAGCAAAACGAUACCAGGAAAACGACAUAGCAUUUAUCAUUUAUACAGGCGCUUCGCUAUUGGCAACACGUGCUACGAGCGUACGAGAGACAUGGGUAUCUCGCGUGACUAUUUACUAUUUUCUCGCCUCGACGCCUUACCCGAGUUUACCUAUCACUGUUAUAGAAAAUACUGGCGAACAUUACCAAUCGAAUACUAAAAAGAUCUUUCAUGGUCUUGAAUUAAUCUACAGACAACAGCAAGCUAUAGAUCCAUCUAAACGUCACAAAUGGUAUGUUUUAGUCGGCUGUGACACUUUCGUCAGUGUACCACAUCUUUUUAAAGAACCUGAAUCAUAUAAUUUUACACAACCAUAUUUUAUUGGAGGUUCUGUUGGUGAGCAAAUGUGCUAUCAUAAGAAUGGUACUGCUUACAAGAGUCUACUUAUUGGUGGCAACACCGCACAUGUACUUAGUGCAGCACUUGUUGAAGCUCUGUAUCCUCAUUUAUCCGUUUACGUUGAAUCGAUUUGGCCCUAA